AUGAGAGAGGCGGUCCGGGCUCCUCCUCCUCAGUCUCUCUCUGGCAGUGGUGGGGGUAGGAGCCGACGGUAUUUACUCUAUAUCUCACUCACUAGAAUUCUAAGUCAUUCUGACUUCCUUCAUCGUGGUCUACUACUGCUGCUUGAAAUGUGCUAUGUAAAUAUGCAAUGAAGAGGAAAGAAUGCUGGAUGAAAUACCAGAUAACGAUAAAGAUUAUAAAGUAAAGACGCUCCUAUAAACACUGGUGAUUUGCGCAGAAGAACGGUUCCAGAAGAUCUACGUCCGUUGUCUAGGGUUGUGGGGAGGGGUUCGACACCAGAUCCCUCUGAUACCCCUACACCACCACACCUCCCAAACACACUCUCUCAGGACUCACAAACUUGGCGAAAUUGCCUUGGCAGAGCGAAGGGGGAAAGGUGGAACCAGACACUCCGCGAUAACUACUCUCAGCACCGCUUUGAUCACCAAGAUGGAUUCCACUUCCUCCACGGCCGAGUCAGCGACAGACAAGGUGCCUGAUUGGGCAAUUGUGUUAACUGCUGUGGCCGCCGUCAUCAUCUCCAUACUAGGAUUUUUCGGAAACCUGUUGACUAUCCUGGCGCUGCCCUACCCGACCCGCCUACGGAACGCCGCGACCUAUCUGGUGGUGAAUCUAGCGGUGGCUGAGGGCAUCUUCUGUGUCACCAUCCUCCCCAUCUCUGCCGCUCACCUCUUCACUCUUUAUAUGACCAGCGGCAAGCCCCUCUUCGAUGACAGGGGAUGCAACGUCUUCGUCUUUUUGAGAUAUGUCAAUAUCCAGGCCGAGCUCCUCUCUAUAGCCGCAAUAGCUGUCAACAGGUGUGUGCUGAUCGCUAUACCCAAACAAUACCCACGCUUGUUUUCUGGGCCUAAGACAGCUGGCCUCAUCGCUGCCAUCUGGCUGGUAUCCGGCUUGGUGAUGACAGUACCUCUUCUGGAGAUCUAUGGGAAGUUCACGUACAACACCAGUACAGAUGAGUGUGACUUCGACGACAGCACCCAGUUCGGGGAACGCCCCCGGAAGCUCUUCCUGGUUCUCGGCUUCCUGCUGCCUUGCAUCAUCAUUAUCGUCUCCUACUCCUACAUUUUCUUCAAGGCACGCCAGAGUUCGUCCAAGAUGCAGUCUAACAACAGCCUCUUGAAGAACGGCGCCAGUAGCUCUGAUCCAAGGCUCAAUAAGCCUCGGGUAGGCCUGAGAACACGUGACAUCCGCAUCGCCAGGACGAUAGGGGUCAUCUUCUUGGCCUUCAUGAUCUGCUGCACACCCGUCUCUAUUGCUCACUACUUCGACUCCAAGAUGCACAUGCCGACGCUGCUGCUGCUGCUACACCCACUCUACUGGGCCCAAUACUGCAUCAACAUCUUCAUCUACGUCUUCAUGAACAACCAGUACCGCGAUGCCUACGUCAAUUACAUCUCCAGGUGGUGGCCCAACUUCAAGGAGGUAUCGCGUAAGACGCUAAAGUGGAAAGAGGAGGCUACGAGUGACAACAGCCGCAGACCGUCGAGAGCCGCCACGCCCAACACCUCUUCCAGGUUCAACGUUCGCAAAAUCUCCAAGUGCUCUUUGGCCAAGAUCACUAACGUGGAAACCCCAGGAACCUCAAAUGAACCCCCCGGAACCCCGCAGUUAAUGCCAAAGGGCGCGACUCCAGACCUGGCUGACACCUGUCUGUAGGCAACCCGACCCUCUCCCAACAGCACGUCGCAUUUUUAUCGACGUAUACUUCGCCUACGGCCAAAAACUGUCGUACUGGAAAAUGAUCGCGGCUCGCGAAAUUGACAUAGUGCCCCCGUUUUCUGUUCGGUAUCUGUACUGUACUGUUUUCCGGUACGUUAAGGAUAAAGCACUUGGGUACGAUACUAGGACCGAGUAACUUCUAUUGGUACUCCAGACGCUCUCAUUACGGGCUCACCAUAGCCCGUGCUGCUUGGAACUUUUUGUUCCAAGUAGCGAAUCUUAAACAACAACAACGCUCUCGCCUUGAAAUCCCAAGAAUGAAUUUAUCCUGCGAAUUUCCAGAUGCUACCACAAUUCCUAACCACCAGCUACGACCAUUGCUUACUAUUUUUUUUUACUUGCAUUAUACAUAAUCCACUAUUUACAAGUUUCCCUGUAGGUAUAUAUAGUUGAUGUCCUAAUCUGUAAAAAUCCAAGCUAGGAUUUUAUACUUUAAGUAUAUCCUCUGUAUGAAUUUAUCCACCCAAUAGAGAGUAUUCAUUAUUCCAGGAUUUUCAACCACGCAUGGUAAUCACGUUUAUACUAAGAUAUGGUUAUAUUAUAUUGCAGAACAUUUAUGAGAGGAUAUCCCACAGUGUACUAGGAGGGAUAUAUGCGGGUGUACUAGGAGGGAUAUCUGCGGGUGUACUAGGAGAGGUAUCCGGCGGUGUACUAGGAGGGGUAUCUGGCUGUGUACUAGGAGGGGUAUCCGGCUGUGAACUAGGAGGGGUAUCCGGCUGUGUACUAGGAGGGGUAUCCGGCUGUGUACUAGCACGGGUAUCCGGCGGUGUACUAGCAGGGGUAUCCGGCUGUGUACUAGGUGUAUCCGGCGGUGUUUACAUAGAAUUUAUUCAUUAUAUAGAGUUUAUAAUGACAUAUAGUGUAAAUAUUUUGAAUAAGAUGUGUUAAUAAACAAUUAUGCUGAUUUCUCACUGAUACAUCACGUUAUUAGAAACGGUGUUUAAACCUGACUGACUGAGUGACAUGCAUCAUUCACUCCCGUCCUGUUACACAGAUGAUCUUGUCAGAUGGGCACGACAUACAAGGUUCUCCUCGUUAUCCUCUCAAGCUCACUUCUGAUAGAAGAUAUACACCUCUGGCCAUGUCCUUGCGACAAAUCUCCGUGGUAAUUGAAAGGGAUGUAAGGAACACUAGACUUAAUUUACACACUACACCUUCAGGUUACGUCCAUUACUGCGUAGACUCAUAUCAUCCAGCUUUUUACCAGAAUAUCCCUGCCAAAGGCUACUACACAGGACUGGUUGAACACUUUCUUGAAGUAAUUACAAAUUACUAUCGCCAGGCUCUGGUCAUGACCAUUUGGUCCUGGUUUGGUCAUUAUCACCUGAUUGAUCUCCUUUUAGGUUCAUUAAAUUUCAUUUUUACAUUUUAUAUAUAUAUAUAUAAAUAUUUUUAAUUUUAAGCUCUGGUGGUGAAACGUUUGUUAUUAAGAUGUUUAUUCAUUUUCCGAUGUUUUCAUACAGUUUAAUUGAUGUAUAGUUGUGUUAAUUUAGGAUUUGUACAGUAGUAUUAAAGUUUUGACUAUAGUAUGUAUACAAAAACCCAUGUAAACACACACACUUGCAUUAUAUAAGGAAAUUGUAAAAUAAAAUAAAAUAUCUGAUAUUAAA